GGAAUCAAGGGAUAUGGGGAGAAGGCAGGAACGGGGUACUGAUUGUGGAUGAUCAGCCGUGAUCACAUUGAAUGGCGGUGCUGGCUAGAGGGGCCGAAUGGCCUACUCCUACACCUAUUGUGUAUUGUCUAUUAUCACUUUGAAUGCCAGUGCCGGCUCGAGGGGCCGAAUGGCCUACUCCUGCACCUAUUGUCUAUUGUCUCCUGUCUAUCGCCCAGCAUUCUGUGUGUUUAUAUUUGGUGUAAACCAGCAAUUGCAGUUCCUUCCUGCACACUUCUUCGUAGCUUCCUUAUAUAUGGAGACGGGCGAUACACUGGUAAAUACAGUAGCUAUCUACCUGUGCUUGUUCAACCCUUUACAGAGGAAACUCACCCUGUCGACGUGUAGAGUAAAGUACACCCGAGAGAUUGAAUUCAUUCAUUCGGUCAAGCCCGCUGGAAGGAGCUGCUGCAGGAUGUGGAGAUGGGCGCUGCUCCCCAUCCUCUUGGCCAUCAUCGCCACAGCAGGUAUCUGGGCCGUGUUUGCGAUGGCGGUGGUCAAUGGGUCAGUCAACGUCACCGUGGAGUUCCCCUACAUCAGCGUGUGUGGUGCUAACCCUCCUCAGAGCUGUGUUUUUGGCCAAGUCAUGAACGUCGGAUCCUUCAUGGUGACCUGGGUUUGCAUCAUCAGGUACCAGCAAGUGGUAGACUAUGGGCAUCAAUCCUCCCUCAACAUCCUCAGCUUGGUGGCCGGUUGUCUUUGUGCACUGGGCGGCUCGCUGGUGGGAAAUUUCCAGACUGUCAACCAGAUCUAUGUCCACCUGCUUGGAGCGUUCCUGUCGUUCUUCAUCGGCAACCUGUAUUUCUGGCUGCAGGUGGUGCUGAUGUACAGGCUCAAGCCCAGGCACGGGGGGUGCUGGGUCGGCCCUCUGAGGAUCAUCUGCAACCUGCUGGUCACGGUUUGCCUCGUCCUAGUGGUGGUGCUGCAUCUGUGGGAGCACCGAUCAGCGGCGGCCAUUUGCGAGUGGGUGGCGGGCAUCAUCCUGCUCUUCCUCUUCGGCCUCUUCGCCGUGGACUUUGGCCACAUCGACGGCCACUACUUCCACGUCAUGAGGGAGAAGAGCGCCAUGCAGACCUCUGUCACCACCCUGGAGCUGUAGCAGCAACAACUGCCCCGGCUGCAAGACAGACGGGCGGACUGUGGCCCAGAGCCAAGGCUCCCUCCAUCUGCCUCUACCUCAAUGGAACGUGAGGGGACUGCACAUUUUGCCACGCUCCCUUGAGGACAUUUUGCCACGCUCCCUUGAGGACAUUUUACCACGCUGCCUUUGGUGGAGGACAUUUCACCACGCUCCCUUGAGGACAUUUUACCACGGUCCCUUGGUGGAGGACAUUUCACCACGGUCCCUUGCUGGAGGACAUUUUACCACAGUCCCUUGGAGAUCAUUUCACCACGCUCCCUUGAAAUACAUUAUUUACUGCACUCCUUUAAAGCAACUCAGGACAUUUCACCACACUCCCUUGAAACAUUAAACCAUGCCAAAAAGGUGCUACUUAAA